UUGGAACACAGCCAUUUCACGAUGUCGGUCAUCAUGUUUCUGUCCCAUGGGGCAAAGUCUGGCAACGUGCGCCAGUCGUGCGCCUCUUCAAACCUUCGGCCAAGGCAUCCGGUGCUAUCCGCCGUCGAUAUUUCCGUUCCGUCGCUGCCGGGAGCGGCUGUACGUGCGAAAGCUCUUCUCAAUCUCGCAGAUACUUCCGUGUUGAUAGCCACUGCGAGCCAACCAGUCCCUCUGCGAGUGAUCUGCGGUGCAACGAGCCCGCAUCCGUGAAUGGUGGUCUUGGACGUCACGCUUUGUGUCCAUUCUGUCCGCUCGCAUGAGAUCAAGCCGCUCAGCGCUCGCAUCCAGGAGCGGGUUUUCGGAAGGAAUCCGCAUGACGACUACAAGGUUAAUGCCGUCACCCCCGUUUCGAACGCACCACUCGAGAUCUCAUCGACGUCAUCUUGGGAAGCCCGGCCGUACGUUUGCGAAAUGCAUCUAGCCAGCUGCGGUGGCUUGAUGAGGGACGCAAGCGCAUCUUCAUUACAGGAUGGCCCUGCAACCUGAACCACGCUAUGCACGGUCAUAGGGCGUAUGUCAUAACGCGGCAAGGCGAGGCGAAUAAUCGUCCUGGAUCUCCAUUACGCUACAAACAAGGUUCAUCAAGUGUUCUAUAAUCCCAUCUAUUGCCAUGCCCUCUGGCGGCUGUAUCUCUCCGCCGCAUAGCCGCGUGCUACGCUGUCGGUACGUUACCGGCACGGUCCCAAAAAUAAUGCCACCACCGACGCCGCCAUGGCGUCUAGCCCCUAUACGGACCUUGCACACACUACUACUCCCCAAAGCCGUGGCGCUUCGUCGUGCACGCGCAGCUCCCGCUCGGAGCGGACCCCUCGGUGAUGAGGCGAUGCCUCCCACCGCUCCCGAUAUAAAG